AUGGACACACGAAUACAGGACCUCAUCGCCGGUGGCACGGACACCUCGGCGGUGACCGUUGAGUGGGCGAUGUCGGAGCUCCUGAGGAACCCCGGUGUCCUGGCCAAGGCCACCGGCGAGCUGGACGCCGUCGUCGGCCACGGCCGUCUCGUCACGGAGCAGGACGUCCCGAAGCUCCCCUACCGGGAGGCCGUCGUGAAGGAGACCUUCCGCCUGCACCCGGUUUCGCCCCUGAUGGCGCCGCGGCUGGCCCGCGAGGACGCGUCCACAGGCACCUACGACGUCCCCGCGGGCACGCUCGUGUUCGUCAACGCCUGGGCCAUCGGCCGCGACCCCACCUUAUGGGGGCCCACGGCGGCGGAGUUCCGGCCAGAGCGCUUCGUCGGGAGGACGUGA